AUGAAAGAAAAAUUUGCACCCUUUCUCUUCCAGUCUUCACCGGCGCAAUUACAAAGCAUUUUCCUCUCUCCAGAAGUUCACACCAUAAAUAAUACGUCGUUUCAUCUGUUUUCUUAACGCCAAAAAUACCGGAAAAAAAAUCACCUGUUUAUUUUGACUUACUUCCUUAUUUUCCUUCUGGUUUCUGAUAGUUUUUUUCUUUCUUUCUUUUGAAUUGAUUCGCUGACGCACACCGCAAGAGAAUUGAGGACGCCGAAGCGUCGAGAGCCGUACGAUUGAGGUUCUUUUUACUUUUUAAAUCUGUCUUCGGUGAUUUAGAUGGUUAGCGACUGAUAAUCCUUACGAUAAUCUGAGAAUUCGUUUCCUUUUUUACUCUGUUACUCUACUGUUUAUAGUAGAAAAAAAAAGGAAAAAAGAAAAUAAACCUGGAUUUUUGAGAAGGUUUGUUGAAAGGAUGGUAUAGGAAUAUUUUAGGGUUCAAUUUUUCUGGUUAUUUACCAUAUUGGGUCUAGGUUCUUUCAUACAGAGCCGCCUCGUUUUGUACUUUCUUGUUGAAAGGGUAAAACUGUCAUCUUCUUAGUUUGUUCUUGUUUGAGUUUUGAAGAACCCUAGAAGCAGCCUUUUAUAUUGAAAUUGAAAUACAAAGGAAAAACAACAAAUGACCAAGUCCUUUUAAUUGCAGAAGCGCUUUUUCACAGAGUAGCCAUUUUUGAGAAGAAUUUUUGGAAAAUCUUCAAGUAUGUUUUAUUGCUCAGCAAUGCCAUAAUUCUAGUUUCUUUGAAUUGAUUGACUUGAUUGGCUGAUUUAAUAAUCUUAAAGAGAGUAUAUUGUAUAGGAGGAACACAAAACACAACCCUAGUUACAGUUUAAACAGAAGAACUUUGGAAUUGGGAGAUUUUGGUUUAUAGUUUUCAGAAACUUUGAGGUUCAUGUUAAAUAAGCUAUUUGGUAAGUGAAACUGGAUUUAAGUGAACAUAACACUUUUGGGAAUACUGAGAAGUUAUAAUCUGGAGAAAAGAGAAACAGAAUUGGAAAAUUUUUCUUUCUUUAUUAUCAUGUUUGGCAAGAGUUAUGGAAAGAAGUGAGCCUUCAUUGGUACCGGAAUGGUUGAAGUGCAGUGGAAGCCUUACUGGUAGUGGCAAUUCAAAUAAUCAGUUUACAUCAUCAUCAUCAUCUUCGCAUUCAGACAACCAUUCUGCAGUGAGGCAUGCCAGAAAUAAGUUGUCUGUUGACAGUGAUGGUGACAUAGGCCGGACAUCUGUUUUGGAUAGGGCCAGUUCUGCCUAUUUUAGGAGGAGUUCUAGUAGCAAAGGUGCUUCUGACUCAUGGUCUUACAGCAAUUUUGGUAAAGGCCACAGGGAAAGGGAUUGGGAAAAGGUUAGUAAUGGUUACCAUGAUAGGAAGAAUGCUGUUCUCAGUGACCAAAGGAACCGAAACCAUUCUGAUUCUCUGGAUAAUCUGCUGCCAAGUAUGUUUGAGAAGGAUGUUUUGCGGCGUUCUCAGUCUUUGAAAACUGGGAAGCACAGUGACACAUGGCCGAGGAAAGCAACAAAUGAAUCAAGUGGCACCAGCAAAAGCCAUCAUAGCAGUGGUAAUGGUAAACUUACCACAGUUGCUGCUGUUGGUAAUAAAUCUGCAUUUGAACGUGAUUUUCCUUCACUUGGUGCUGAAGUAAGACAAGUUGGGUCUGAAAUAGGAAGGAUUUUGUCUCCGGGCUUGACUAAUCCUGUGCAGAGCUUGCCAGUGGGUACCUCACCUGUCCUUGGCAGUGAUGGCAGGACAUCAGCUUUGGCAGACAUCCCAGUAGGUGUGGGAAACAGUGGUAGAGGUGUUGCAGUUGCUUCACAAAAUGUUCCUGCAGGCUCAACUCCAACUAUGGUGACUGGCCUUAAUAUGGCUGAAGCAGUGGCUCAGGGGCCCUCUCGUGCUCGUACACCUCCCUUGUUAAAUGUUGAAACUCAAAGGCUUGAGGAGCUGGCUAUCAAACAGUCGAGGCAACUAAUUCCCUUAGUGACAGUAUCGACACCUAAAACUCUGGUGGUCAGUCCUUCAGAGAAAUCAAGGCCUAAAGUUGGACAGCAGCUGCAUCCUUCACUCUCUUUUGGUUCCACGCGUGGUGGAACCUCAAGAUCUGACAGUCAAAAAGUUUCUAAUGAGAGCAGGCUUCUUAUACUCAAACCAUCACGAGAAUCAAAUGGUGUCUCCUCAAUAACCACAAGGGAUAACUUGAGUCCUACUAAUGGAAGCAACAAAUUUGCAAAUAGUCCAAUAAACAUCACUCCAUCAGCUGCUGCAUCUGUUCCCUUUAGGAGUUCAGGCAAUAGCCCCAGGCUUGCCACUGCUGAGCGUAAUCAGACUCCAGUACGGAUGACCAUGGAGAAGAGAGCAACUGCUCAAGCCCAAAGUAGGAAUGACUUCUUCAACCUUUUAAAGAAGAAAUCUACUUCGAAUUCUGCUUCCUCUGUCCUUGAUUCAGGCUCUGCUGUGUCACCACCUGUCUCAGAGAAGUCUGACGAACUUGGCACUGAAGAUUCCAGCACUUCUGUUACUCUGCAGGAUGGGGGUGUUCCAUCAUCAGAGAUCUUAAUUGCUGACUUGCCAGCUGACAAUAGGAGUGAAGUGGCCUUGAAUGGAGAUGCUUAUGCUGAGUCUCAGCACGGUUCUAGCAAUGGAGAUGAGCAUUCAAGACCUGAUGCGUACCUUUAUCCUGAUGAGGAAGAGGUUGCGUUUUUACGUUCCCUUGGUUGGGAAGAGAAUGCUGAAGAUGAUGAUGGUCUUACAGAAGAGGAGAUUAGUACCUUUUUCGAGCAGUACAUGAAAUUGAAACCAUCCGCAAAAGUUUCCCAGCUAAUGCAUUCAUUAAGUCCAUUAAACUCUCAAAAUGGGACUCAUGGUGAUGCCUUAUCCGGAUCGAGCUCAAUGGAUUCCAACGGAGCAGCUUGGACUCGUCAAAAUGUUUAAUCCACUUGAUAAAAUUUGAAUGCAUGGGUGAAGUGGCUAUCCCUUUUUUACCCAGUUUGUUUAUUUUUUUGCUUUAUAUAUUGAGAUGAAAAUACGAUGUGCCUGUUAUCAUCUGUGACAGUGGAUUGGAAUAAGUUACAACGGAUCCAAUCCUAAGUUCUACCUGGGUUUUUAACAUAGGAUUUUCUAAGGUACAAAAAAAUGAUUGAGAGAGAGAGGGUGGGAAUAGGUUUAUAUUAUGUCUGCAAUGUAAGGAUGUGGGGGUAAAUAGUUCAGUCUCUGGGUUUUAACUAGUGGUUGAGGGGACACAAUUCAACAAAUAGCUUAUGGUUUAUUUAUUUUAUCAUUUGAAAUUGAAGAAAAGAGGAAAGAAAAAUUAGUUCUGUA